UUCCUUGCAAAAUCUCACAGACUCAGUUACUCUGAAAUGCAUUCAACUGAGCAACAGCGCGCACACGAGUUCAGUCGGGGAAGAAUUUAGAGGUAGGUUUUACCUACUUUCCUUGUCAAUGUACAAAGUUGUAUGUACAUUGUUUAAAACCCAAUUAUUGGUGUCAACUUCAGCUAGCUAACAAGUUCACCAAUGUUCCCUGCAAUAAGAUAAUAUUAACUCGCAUGAUGGAGCUAACGUUAGCUAGAUAGUGUCAGCUACUGUAGGCAGUUAGCUAAAUUGUAUAGGCUAUUUGAUUUUAGCUGUAGCUAGCUCUCUGACAUUGUUCACUAGCAAGGGGUUUAUUAAAAUAAGCUCCUACCUCUUCCAGACAAGCUUAGCUACCUUUAGCUAACUAACGUUAGGUAUUCCAGACUGGAAUCUGGUUAGCUAACGUAACUAGUUAGCUAACAUUGAAUAUGGCUCGUGCCAGCCAUGCGUGCAGAAGUUGCACCCCUGUUUUAGCGAAUACUUUUUAAAGUAACUAUGUCUGGUCUCACGCAUGCAGCAUUGCAAUUACAAAGCUUUCUAACCAUGGUAAACGUUACACAAGUCGUUCGUUUCUUUGGAGUGUGUCAACCCCAAGUUAAUAAAUCAGUCCAACAGAGAACAACAAAGUUAUCAUACAUUGACUGCACCCAAAUAAUACUCGUUACCUGACAGCUCAGAUCUGUUAGGGUUGUUGUUUACCAUGGUUGUUACUAUAAUACGUGUGAUUUGAUGGGAAAGGACAGCUUUGGACAUAGGGAGUUUGGUUGAGCACCAUCCCACAAAAUAAUUAAGAAUAAAGCACUCUGUCAGAAAACAAACUUUGAGUGACUAUUUGCAAACAUUAUUGUAUUUUACAGGUUCACACAGACCAGAGGUCCAGCUGUAAACUAGCUUGCUUUCAAUCAUUGUUAAUCCAUGGAAUGGAGCAAAGGUUAACCUUCUCUCAUACAUAGAGUAUGAAAAUGGCUGCAGGUAGCACUUUAACUCCAUGUUCGUCAUUGUGAAAGGUUUCCCUCUCACCCCCUCUAAUGUUUAACACUGGAUCCUUUGUGGAACUUGUAAGGGAAGAGUGCUAACAGGAAUCUCUACUCAUUGUCUGCUUAGAACAUCUGAAUUGGUGGUUUAGGCCCUACUCUCUGGUUUCUAUGAAAAAUCCUAUAGCAAGCCUCUUCACUAUAGCAAUACCACUUAGUAAUUUGAUACAGUCAGAGGUAGACUUGGGACCCCAGUGUCCACUGUCAGGCCACUACCAUGGUGGGCAAAGACGCUAUGGUGAGUGGGGACAGGGCUGUGGAGGAAGAGGCUGAACUGGACCUGAAGGAGACCUCCCCUGGAGAGCCUGACCCUGAGAUGGCUCUUCCCCCACCUGAGGACCCCUCAGACGGCCAGACCAAGACCGCCCGGACCUGGGAGUUGUCGGUGGUGUUCCUGUGUUUCUAUGGGUUUAUGGUGCAGCUGAAGCCUGGGGAGCCCUUUAUAACACCAAACCUGCUCAGCAUGGAGAAGAACUUCACCAGGGAACAGGUGACCAAUGAGAUCAACCCGAUCCUGUCCUACUCCUACAUGGCGGUGCUGGUGCCAGUCUUCCUCCUGACAGACGUCCUGCGUUACAAGCCCGUCCUGGUCCUCUCCAGCCUCAGCCACGUGGCCAUCUGGCUCCUCCUCCUCCUGGGCUCCUCCCUCUUAGAGAUGCAGUUCAUGGAGUUCUUCUACGGUAUCACCAUGGCAGCACGCGUGGCUUACUCCUCCUACAUAUUCUCCCUGGUCACCCCAGAGCUCUACCAACGUGUGGCCAGCUACUCGCGCUCUUGCGUCCUCAUGGGGGUGUUUGCUAGCUCGGUGCUGGGCCAGGUGCUGAUAUCCGUGGGCAGGCUCUCCUUCGCCAUGCUCAGUGCUGUCUCCUUGGCCUUGGUGUCCUUCGGCCUGGUGCUCUCCUGCUGCCUGCCCUGGCCCAAGAGGUCCCUGUUCUUCAACAGGGCCCACCACGCUGCCCAGAGGAACCUCCAGGAGCAGGCUGCCGCCCAGUCGGAGCUGGCCAGGAUGAAGCAGGGCGAAGCGGGCUUGGGUUCAGGUGACACACCCUCCCUGGCCCCUCUCAGCUCUGGUUCCUCCUGGAGGGACUCAGUGUUUAUUCAGAUGCUGAAGGAGCUGAGGAACGUGCCGCGGAGGCCCAGCCUGAGACUGUGGAGCCUGUGGUGGGUGUUCAACUCCGCUGGCUACUACCUGGUGCUGUUGUACGUCCAUGUCCUGUGGAACAAGGUGUACCCCGCCAUUGAGAACAAACACGUCUACAACGGAGGGGUGGAGGCUGUCUCCACACUACUGGGUGCGAUCACGUCGUUUGCAGCGGGCUUCGUGAAGAUCCGCUGGAACCUGUGGUCUGAGCUGGUGAUUGGCAUCAUCACGGCUCUGCAGGCUGGCCUGCUGCUCCUCAUGGGGACCACCAGCAACAUCUGGGUCUGCUAUGUGGCCUACUCCCUCUUCAAGGGUUUCUACCAGUUCCUCGUGCCUAUCGCCAUUUUCCAGAUCGCCUCGUCGCUCACCAAGGAGCUGUGUGCCCUGGUGUUUGGGGUCAACACUUUCCUGGCGACCGUUCUGAAGACCAUCAUCACCCUCAUCGUCUCUGACAAGAAGGGUCUGGGACUAGACGUACACUCCCAGUUCCUGGUCUACUUCUUCUACUUUGCCUUGCUGACAGUUAUCUACCUGGGCUGUGCUGCCUGGGUCAUCAUUCGCCACUACAGGAACCAAUCGGCAGGAGGUGGAGGGGACACCGACCAGGCCACGCCCACUGAGCUAUGUCCCGUACCAUCAAACCCCUCGGAGACGGAACCUCUGUCCAAUGGGAACAACGUGAAGGCCUGAAAGGGAUAUUCCAGAAUGUUGGCAAUGAAGCCCUUUAUCUACUUCCCCAGAGUCAGAUUAACUCGUGGAGACUAUUUUUAUGUAUCUGCAUGCAGUUUGAAGGAAUUUGCUACCUAGCGUUAGCCAAAUUGCUAACUACCAUUAGCGUAAUGACUGGAAGUCUAUCGGAACAGCUAGCAUGCAAGUUGUUCAUGUAGACUUCAUGUCAUUGCGCUAGCUAACGCUAGUUGGCAUUGGAUCGCGAAACUACCUCUAACUUCCUUCAUACUGGAUGCAGAGACAUACAAAUGCUAUCCAUGAGUUCAUCUGACUGUGUGGAAGUAGAUAAAGGGUCUCCUUGCCAAAAUCCUCAACUAUCCCUUGAACAUUGUCAUCUUUACAUCAACACCUAAACCCCUUACACUAACAUUGAGUUGUCUAAACGGUCUGGGAAUCUCUCGCUACGGUUUCCACACGACUGCACAAGGACAGAUGAGACUUAGAGGUGAGUCGAGACCUCGUGACACUUCGUUGGAUGUGUUGGGGGAGUGUAGUUUACCAGUGUUAGUGAACAGUCACUGUUCUCAGCCCUUAGUGCCUUAUCCGUUAUAUCCAACGUGUAUUCAGUUCACCAAAAGGAUGUUAUUAUGGAAUACAUAUUUUUUUCUCAAUGUUUUUAAAGAAUUACAGGCAGGGCCCACCUACAUUACUACAAGAUAAUAUAAAAAGCUCACUCGAUCAACCCUAAUGGUCUUGUAAGCAGCGGUGGGAAAAGUACCAACUUGUCAUACUUUAAAGUAAAGAUACCUUCAUAGAAAUGACUCAAGUAAAAGUCUAAAAGUAUUUGGUUUUAAAUAAACUUAAGUAUUAAAAAGUAAGAGUAUAAAUGAUUUCAAAUUACUUAUUAAGCAAACCAGAUGUCACAAUUGCAUUUUUUCUUCAUCAGUAGCCAGGGGGACACUCCAACACUGAGACAUCAUUUGUGUUUAGUGAGUCUGCCAGAUCAGAGGCAGUAGAGAUGACCAGGGUUGUUCUCUUGAUAAGUGUGAAUUUGACAAUUUUUCUGUCCUGCUAAGCAUUCAAAAUGUAACGAGUACUUUUGGGUGUCAGGGAAAAUGUACGGAGUAAAAUGUACAUUAUUUUCUUUAGGAAUGUAGUGACGUAAAAUUUGUCAAAAAUAUAAAUAGUAAAGUACAGAUACUUCUUAAGUAUUUUUAAGUACUUUACACCACUGCUUGUAAGUAGCAAUACAUGACCUUGUAUGCGGUACAAAUCACAUUAUUGCGGGAGCACCUCUAACAGAAUGAAUUAGGCUGUUUGGGAAGGUUUACAUCCUAAGCAACCUGCCUCAACAUUGUUUCGAAGUACAAUAGACCAGCAUAUAGCUACUGGCGUAGGUCAAUUUAAGGAAUUUUAUUUUUCGGCUUUAGACCAAUCCCUACUUCUCACUCAAACAGUGUUUUGUUUUUAAUAGUCAGAGUUUGGGCCUAGUUGUCAGCCUAAUGUUCUCAGAGAGACUGUUGACAUGUACUAUGUAGUGGCUGCUUUGCUCUUCUUAUCCCAGAAACAUCCCAAAUGGUGUUAUCCACUGUUGAUUAUGUUCAGAGGUUUCCAAAUACAGGGUAAUCAUAUGUUCCCUGAUAAUGUUGAAGCACGUUUGUUUUCGUAACUCUGACUGAGAAAAUAAUAAUUUCAAGUAGAGGGGACCAAUAGGAAAUGAUCUACAGAAACAGUCUAAUUCUACUGGACUACUUCUUCUACUGAUGGAACAAUAGCCUGUUUAUAUUCAGCAAAUGAUUCACUGUUUGCGAUCAUUAGGAAUUCUCGACAGUUGCUGCAAUUGUAUUGAUUAGCGAAAACCAUAUUUUUGAAUCUGUGUGUCUAUUGUUAGCUGUACAGAAGUCCUCCAGUGAGAGAGGUGUGCCCCACAGGAUCAUGAUUACUAUGUGAUCACAUUAGCAUUGCUUUAGAUUAAGUAGACACAUGACAGGAUGCAUUUUGGGGCUGCUGAAUCUUCCUGAAUAUUUUUAUUUGAAGAGUGAAAAGAUUUUCUAAAUGAAGCCCUUCGUGUGUAUGUUCACUACACUCCCACUGUCUUAGGUUUAAUCAGCGAUUGCUUGUGAACAAAGCAGAUGCCAAUUGUUUUAGGGCCUUCAAACUAACCAUAUCAGUGGACUUUUAUUUUUUAAAUGUCACCUUUAUUUAACCAGGUAGGCCAGUUGGGAACAAGUUAUGCUUGUUGCCAGUGAGUAAUUCAAUGCACCUUGUGUCAGGAAGUGUUUUAGCGAUCAUUUUGUGUAUAGUUUUGCUUACGGGAGAGUGGGGUAAGUUGAGCCAUUUUUUACGUUCAGUACUUAGGUUCAAACACUUUGUAGUUUUAUAUAUAUAUUUUUAAACAUUGGCCAGGUCCUGUUAUCUCAUAUCCCAGCGAUAAUGCCUUGCAUUGUGCCUGGAAUGAAAACACUUCAAUUUGCUCAACUUGCCAUUGGUUCAACUUUUACCCCAAGGCAAACAUUUUGAUUAUAUUAGCACACACACAUACAAUAAAGCACUUUCAUGCUGGUGUAUAGAAUAAUCUUAAAGUUAUCUACUUUGCUUUAGAUACAAGCAUCAUGAAACCUCUAUAACAGAAAGGAAUUUGACUUGGUGAAAAUCUUUUAUUUUAUUUUUUAUAUAUAUUUUUUUACUUAGCUUUUUCCAAAUGGUUUCUUCCUUCAGACUCCAUGAAAUGAUGACCUCUUCCUAGAUAUUUGGUCAAAUUAUAACAUUUUAUGUAUAGUUUCCUAGAAACAAGGGUGGCUCAAUUUACCUCUUUGGCUCAACUUACCCCACUCUCCCCUAUUUUUGUUUAAAUGUUUUCAUGCAGAUUUGUCUUUUCUCCCCCAGCAGUGCUAAUCAUCCGUUCAUUGUCAUCUUUUCUAAUAGGAAGCCCACAUGAAUGUGAAUGUGUAAACUGGAGUAAAGUUGUUAUGAACUACUGCAAAUGAGUUGGAGGAUUUAGCAAUGAGCUGGCAGACCUUUAUUCUGCAUGUUAUUUUCAAAUGAGCUAUUUUGUAUUGUUUAAAUGCAGGGGUUCUCACAAAGUUUUUGCUUCGUGGCCCACCAAUUGAGCUGUGUUUUGAGUCUCCACCCACCAUAAGGGUUGAGUGGUAAAAAAAAACACACACACAGACCAAAGCAUGAAUAUGAUCUUGGCAGUGGACACAAUAUUUUGCAGUUUCAAAGCUAAUCCCCUGCAAUUCCACAUCCUGCCAUGGAGCUGAAAUAACAUUUUUGCAAUUUUAAAACAAAUUUCCUUCAAUUCUAUGCAUUUUGACAUGGUUGGUGUUCUUAUGCACCAACAACAUCAGUGGAGGCCUGAUUGUCUAGCUUUUAUUUUGUUGAUUGUAAAUUCUCAAAUAUUAUAGGCUAUUAUUGAAAAAUGUAUAGGUCCGUUCUCUUUUCUGCAUCCCAUCCCAGUUUGGGAACUACUGUUUUAAUGGAACAAUUUAUUUAUCUGUGUGCGUAAGAGUAAAAUUGUGUUUUCUUAAAUGUUUGUCACUGAGGAAAUAAUGAAGUUGAAAAAUGUAAAUAUAUUUUAGGCCUAUAUGUUUAUUCUUUGGAAUCUGACAACUCGAGGAACUCAUAUCUGGUGUACCCUUUACAUUCUGAAUGUGUUUAUACCAUACUUAAAGUACGCCCAUAAAUGCAGAUUAUACCUACCCAUUUUUUUAAAUUGAAGUUGCCUUUAAUUGAAUUGCUGUGCAUAGGAAGUGGUUUGCUGAAUUCCGGUCCCCUUGAGUAAUCUUAGGACCAUCUUACUACAAAACUGAGAAAUCAUGUCAGAAUAUAGACUAUAGUAGUUGAGUGUCUAUUAAUUACAUGUAGGGUGGAUAAAAGAUGUGUGUGAACAAUACAAGCACUUAACUUGAGAAUGCUAUGUAUAAUGGGUCCGGAACACGAGAUAUGCAACUUGAACUUUGCACUAUUCUCUAAUUGAUUUAAAAGGUCAUAUCUCAAGGUAGGUUUCAGCAUAUAGUGAUGAGGUUGUAGAGUAUACAAUGAUUUUUACAUGGUCAUAUGGCCUCGUAAACAAAUACAAAGGUAUGAGAUUAAUUGCACCUUAUGGUCUAUAGGCCGUGCAGUAUACUAGCCAACGAGUUCAGUAUAGGAUAAGAUUUGUAACGUUAACUGUCAGAAUUGUUCAUGUUUAUUAUUGUCACACUGACUUCAAUCAAUGCUGAAUAUAUAUACACUUUGGGUGAAUGACUGUGAACCUAUUUUGUUGCUGUAAAAAAACAGACUUAUGUCAACAUUUUAUUUUUGAUUUACAAAUAAAUCAGUUUGGAAAAACAA